CAGCAUCAGUGGCAGUUGACAGUUGAAGCUCUGGUGGCUGAUACUAUAGUCUUGCCUUGGAAGAGCGAGCUAGUGUGCUUUGGCAGCUAGUGUUAUACUUCCAGCGAUUAUCUUGUUGUUCAGAGCACAAUAAAAUCUGUGAUUUUCCUGAACAUUUUUUUUAAUUUAUUUUUUCUAUUUGGUGGAUUUAUUGAACAUCUGGAGAGGAGAUGAGCCGGAGAGAGCUGAGACGGCUCCUGGAGGACCAGCGAACCUGGAGCCGUCAAGGAGAUCAUGAUGAGUCAUCCCAGACAGUGUUUGAGGAGAGGCUGCGGUCUGAGCGACGCAGAGGUGCAAGAAGAGCUGGUCAGAACACCCAGGAACAUCCAAGCAGCGGAGAAACAUCUUGGCUACAGAGACCUCAGAGGGAGCACAGACACCGAAGCCGCUCUCCUCUUCCUACUCCUCCGGUAGCAACAACGGACAGACCAAACUCAGAUCCUCGCCCUGGUCCAAGCUCCCAGCAACCAGCUGAGAAUGAGCAGAGUCUUCCAUCCAUGAUGAUUGAGAUCAACGUGCAGAAUCUCCCGGCCAUGAUGAUAGAGAUUGACGAGGAGAAUCUCCUGGCCAUCUUGGAAGAGCUCUACGGAGUGCCAAUGACCAUUACUGCAGAGGAAGCAACACAAUCGUGUGUUAUCUGUCUGAUGGAGUACGAAGAAGGGGAGCGAGUGAUUGUCCUGCCCUGCAGCCACAGGUACCAUCCAACCUGCAUAUCACAGUGGCUUGAAACAAAUCUCAGCUGUCCUGUGUGCCGCAGAGAGUGCAUCCCGAGGCCGAUCGUGUUUUGGAUCUCCUGAGUAUGGCAGGAAGAGGAAGAUCUAAAUCACCAUCUUCUCUCCUCUCCAUACCAUCUCCUCCACUCUAUCCAGUUCCAUCAGACAACGGCUAUAUCUCCUGUACUCCUACCACCCUCCUGCGGCCUAGGCUGGACAUAUCCACAGACUCCAUCACCACACUGGGCCUGAUUUAGGUCACGACGCUGUAGCGGAACAUGCAGUCAAGUACUGAUGUUCGGUACCUUGCACAUGUGCCGGAUCCAUGCAUGUGCAGUACAGGUCUAUGGCGUUGGUCAUACUAUGGUAUUAGAUAUUCAGUGAUUGACGGUCUGAUGCCGCGCGAGGACGGGGAACGGGCGGUAAAAGCCUCUGUUUCUCUAAAUGGAUUUGUGUCGCCGCCGUUGUUGGGGAGCGAUGGGGUUAGGAUCUCCGUCUGAGGUUGGAGAUUUCCUGGCCCCUUCAUAGUAGAUGAGGUGGCUGACUUCCGUGACUCCUUGGGUCACUCGGCCUGCUUCCAUGUAAGCAGCGCGAUAGCUCCGUCCACAUAUGAAUCAGGCUCACUGUGCUCCUACCGGCCAGUGGUCAUCUUAUGUGUGGCUCUGUGGAUAUUCUAUGCAUACCCCACAGCCGUCCUACUUUGGACAGGAUAGGUCCGCUUUUCGGGAACUGUCUGGCUGCCCCACCCAUGGUGCACACUGUUCAUGGGUGGAGGGAGGGGGGGGGGGGGGAGUUUGGGGGAGCACUCUCACCCCUGCUCUGCAUAGCAUAGAUGCCAUGCGCACGGAAUCCACCAGGGCCUGAUUUAGAGAUGGAUGCAGAUCAUACAGUAGCUGCGUCUAUGAAGGCAGCUGCUGAAUGAAAACAUAGUAAUGGCAAAGGAGGCGUCUUGUACAAACAGACAUCGCCUGAUGGCUUCUCUGAUCCACUGCUGUUCUAAGCAUUGUACCAUCUGCAUGAACAUCGGUCAUCUGAGUAACCCUCAGGCCUCUUUACGUCAAAAAAAUGGGUCCGACAUCAGCGGCGGAACUUGAGAGUGGUGGGCCCAGGUGCAAAAAUAUGCUCUGGGCCCCUCUUCUCCGCCCUACGGGAGAUGCAGUGGGUGACAGCGGGGAGAGGCUGUGGGUGACGGGAAGAUGUAGAGGGAGACAUUGGAAAUCAAAGUGUGACAGGGGUAGGCAGAGGGUGAUAGGGAGGAGCAUAGGGUGACAGAGGAAGGCAGACUGAAAAGAGGAGAGGUAGAGGGUGACGGAGAGGCAGUGGGUUGGUUAUAGCAGAAGGCAGAGGGUGACAGGGAGAUAGUGGGUGAGAAGAAGACAGUUGGUGACAGGGAGAUAGUGACAGACAGGGAGAGGGUGGCAUGGAGAUAGUGAGUGGCAGGGAGAGGGUGACCGGGUGAUGGCGAGUGGCAGGGAGAGGGUGACAGGGUGAUGGUCAGUGGCAGGGAGAGGGUGACAGGGUGAUGGUCAGUGGCAGGGAGAGGGUGACAGGGUGAUGGUGGAUGGCAGGGAGAGGGUGACAGGGUGACGGUGAGCGGCAGGGAGAGGGUGACAGGGUGAUGGUGAGCAGCAGGGAGAGGGUGACAGGGUGAUGGUGAGUGGCAAGGAAAUGGUGACAGGGUAAUAGUGAGUGGCAGGGAGAGGGUGGCAUUAUGAUAGUUGGUGAAAGGGAGAGGGCGACAGGGUGAUAGAGACAGGGAGAGAGUGGCAUGGAGAUAAUGGGUGACAGGGAGAGGGUGACAGGGUGAUAGUAUCAGGGAGAGGAUGACAGGGUGAUAGUGACAGGGAGAGAGUGGCAUGGAGAUAGUGGAUGACAGGGAGAGGGUGACAGUAACAGGGAGAGAAUGACAGGAUGAAUGUGGGUGACACUGAGUGGUAGCGAGUGGGUGGCAUGGAGAAAGUGGGUGCUUGGGGAGGCAAUAGAUAAAAGCAAUGAGGUGGCUGCAGGCAACGUCAUUCUCAAGUUUGCUUACAUUACUUCUGUGUCCAGGUCCAGAUCAGAUCGGCGUCGCUUGGCUGUGAGAUGGGUUGGGCUGUCUCUACAUGCAGUGGCAGGGCUGGCCUCCAUCCAAUCAUCUUGGCUGCGAUGCAGGGGCGGCUCUAGACUUUACUUUUAGGGGGGGAGUUUAUUUAUUUAUCCUGACUCCUCCCCUUUACAGUGUCCUUUACGGUGACCUGGGCCAAGAACCCAGCAUCACUCCUUAUAUGCGGUUCAGGCCUAUGGGCCUGCCUACUUGUGGGGUCUCAAACUAAUAGGGCUUAGUACCCCCUAACUGGCUACAGGCCUCAGGUCUGACUUUCAGCAACGGGCCUAGAGCCCGCCUACCAUGGGGCAGAUUGGGUAAUGUGGGCCUAAUGCGCAGGGGCCACACUUAUCUGAUAGGGCCUAGUGCCCUCUGACAUGCCCACAUGUCUAAGCCUGAACUGAGCCACAGGCCUAGUGCCCGACCUCUGUGCACGGGGCCAAAGGACCCGCCUAAUGUGCCACAGGCCUAGAGUCUGAUUUGACUCCACGGGCCUAAUGCCUGAUCCCUGGUGGUCUAGUGGAAAUGGGGAAGACAUGCGCACCUGAGGUCCUACCUGCCCCGCUGGAGAAGCGCUUCCCAGUCCUCAACUUCUGUCUUUGGCCGCCCCUUCUCCUUGUUCUGCCGGCGCUGGAUGGCAGCAUAUUCAUGCCUUUUCUGCGGCCUUAGGAACUGCUCCUGCAACGUCCUCUUCACUCUCCGGCUGCCGUGAUCCUUUCUUCUUUCUUCCAUGCCGUCCGUUAUCUUCGGCUCCCAGCAGGAGCAGCCCAGCAUCUCUAGAAAUGCUAGGCACACCCCCAGAGUGUUGCCCCUUCCCAAGCUCCUGCCAAUCCUACAGGGGGUUUCUUCAAACAAACGUUACAUCUUCCAGUGGAUUGUAUAUAAGAUCAUUAUGGUAUGGUUGUCUUGUCCAAUUGUAUGUAUUUAUCACUUCUAAUAAAUACUUUGGGAUUUUAAUAUGGUUCAUUCUGGUUCCAUAUAUAUGUUAUGAGAGACAUCAGUCCCUAUUAUUAUCCAGCCAUAGGGACUAUAGAAGUCCAAAGAAACCUUUAUGUGCUUUGCAUCUAUUUGUUACAAGUUAGCAUACAUGUAAAAUCUGCUGAAGUUUGCAUCUAUCACCACUUUGGGUGUCGACGUAAAGGAAUGAGAUACUUAUAAUUGGAUUGGGACUAUCCACACACUCUUCCCUUCCUUGUAUCACCGACUGGUGGAGCUGUGUUUAUUUACAGUGUUACACUAUUGUGUGAUUUUCUUGUUUCUAUGUGAUUACUAUCAGACAUUACAUCGUUUGACUCUAUUGUGAAAUCACCACAUUGAGGAUCAACAAAAGGUUGGAACAUUUUAAAGCGCAAGUGAGGUUGUAUACCCUUGUGUUUUCCAUAUGUUGUUAUAGGUUGGUGACCUAUUUUGUACUGUCUCGUGCUGCUUCAUUGUGCAGCGCCUUAGGAGGAAUUGUUUAUAGUAUUCUUCGGCUCCUGCCCUGCAUCUGAUGUCAGAUGGCCGGGGCUUAUGACGCAAAGAGCGCUGAUUGGCUACAGCAGAGUAUACUAGGGCGCCUGCUGUGGUUUCUCCUCCCUUUUGCCCGCCUCCAUAGCUUCAGCUUCGGGGGUGGCUUUAACUUAUUUAUCAGAGUUUGAUGAAGAGCUGAAAGAGGGUGAAGCUGUUUUCUUGGCGGAGGCGUUGGUGACUGGUCAACCCGAGACUACAGGUGAGGCAGAGCCAGAUUAAAGAGGGCCCAGGGGAUACGUUACCCCUGGCCCCCUCGCCUCUCAGGUGGCCCCCAUGCUGGACCAAUUUUGUUUUUCAGAGAUGGAGACAGCCUUGUCUCCAUCUCUGCAGCGACCGGGGCCACCCCCAGGCACAAUCAGAGAGCUUUGAUCGACAGAGCUCCCUGCAUUGUAUACAUUGCACCCUCACAGCUGAGGCCAGGAGCUACUGAGCAUGUGCAACAGCAGCUCAGCUCACAUGGACUCCGGCAGUGACUCUCCUCCUCCUCCUCUUUUGGUUAAUUUUGUAUUUUGUGUGUGUAUGCGUGUGUGUGUGUGUGUGUGUUUGUAGGUAUGCAGUAUGUAUGUAUGUAUGUAUGUAUGUAUGUAUGUAUGUAUGCUGUGUGUGUGUGUGUGUAUGCUAUGUGUGUGUAUGCUGUGUGUUUUUGUUUGUAGGUAUGUCUAUGUAUGUAUGUAUGCAUGAUACCUGUUUGUUUGUGUGUGUGGGGGUGUGUGUGUGUGUGUGUGUGUGUGUGUGUGUUUAUGUAUGCUGCAUGUGUUGUGUGUAAGAAUGCUAUGUAUGUAUGUAUGCUGUGUGUAUGUAUGUAAGCUGUGUGUGUGUGUGUAUGUAUGCUGUGUGUGUCUUUAGGUAUGCUGUGUGUGUAGGUAUGUUUUGUGUAUGUAUGUAUGUAUGUAUGUAUGUAUGUGUUUGGAUGCAUGCUAUAUGUGUGUGUGUGUAGGUAUGCUACACACUCGGAUUGACAUUGUCGGAAACAGGGCUAAAACCUGUUGGAUCUGGCCGCGCUUCCGACAAAACACGUGGAUCCGCAUCUAUUUCGCCGAUCCACGGAAUUGAAUAGGUCGGAACAGUUUUCGACCAAAAAAAGUCAGAAACUGCCAUCUUUCCGAUAAAACGACAGUUCUGACUACAAUUGACUACCCCCCUAAGUAGCAGAAUUUGCAAUCCUCAUGAUCGCAUGCUGUGGGCCGCCCAUCGCAGGGCAAAGACGCCCAGCAUGCUGCCCCCCCCUCUUGAGCAAGUAGAAAUUCCGAUCGCACAGCAAUUUCUGCUUGAUCGCAAAAAAUGGGGUAGUCUCCCAGUCAGCCCCGCCGACAUUAUUCUGAUUGCUGCAGCUGCUGCCCCUAUCACGCCCCCGCCACACACCCCGUUUGCGCCGCCGUGACCCCACAGCGCUCCGUCUCCACCUAGGAAUUGGAGCGUUGCUGCCCACACCCUCACGCAAACAUCCUCUGCCUGAUUGACAGGCAGAGGCGUUCGCAUUUUCUACUGGUGCCUGCAGGAAAUGCGGGUGUAUGCGCAGGACAGGCAUUGUGCAUGGGCCCGCAUCCUUUUAGUAAUUUUUGCGGUUGGAUCACAAAUAGCCCAUAGUCCUCAGGGCGCCCCCUUGACUUAAGUUUCCCUGACCCCCGUAGCCUUUAUCUGGCUCUGAGACAAGGCCCAGGGGAGUCAGACGAUGAUGAUAGAUCUUCUCCCUCCUCUUCACUGUCACCUUCUGCUACUAGCGCGGUCAGGGCAUAGAAGCGUUCUGCUAAGUAUGCUAGACAAGAGGCGGUUAGGUGCAAUUGGCUAAGCUCCGGCGGGUUUAGAUAGCUUGUGCAGGGCUUAGCUGCGUUUAGGCGCAUGCAGGAUUUGUUGCGCUGUUUGUUGGUCUUGUAUGUCUCCCCCUGUCCUCCCUACUCGGGGAUUAGCUACUCGUCACUGUUGACAGUGGGAGUUUAGAGGGAUUUGACAAUUUUUACCUGGACUGACGGACUUUAUUCGGCUUAAUUAUACUUGAUUUGGCUAAUUGGAUUUUAAUUAUAUGUCCCUCAGCAGGUUUUAAGUUUUACCUCUAGCCGAGUUUACUUGUGUGACCCCCCGCCCCCCCCCAUUUAUUUGUUUUACCUCCUAUCCUAUUGUAUCUAUAUGUUGCUUCGAUUGGCCUGAAGCUCGUUUACAUGGAAUUUCCAUGCUAUGUUUUUUCUUUUUGGCAGAUCCUCAUUUCAUUAUGUUUCCAACAGAACUGUUUCUAUUUUCCAUGUCAAUCUGAGCUUUUUCUCUAGUUCUUUCCGUCCCUUAUAGGUUUGCUGGGUGAUAGGCGCAAGGAUCGCGUAGCUGGCCGCUCAUGUCUUCUG